CACAACACGUACAACAUCUAAAGAUUAACCAUGAAGUUUUAUGGACUCGCCAUAGUUUUUCUAUUAGCGGUUGCGACGACUUGCAAAGCUGAUGAUGAAAUUACUUGCGAAGAGAACGAGCCAUUCACAUGUAGCAACACUGAUCGAUUUAACAGUAAAAGUUUUGGAAAAGACUUCAUCUUCGGUGUUGCAUCUUCUGCUUACCAGAUCGAAGGAGGCAGAGGUCGUGGUGUUAACGUUUGGGAUGCAUUCAGUCACCGAUAUCCAGAGAAAGCCGGAAAAGAUUUGGCGAAUGGAGACACUACUUGUGAGUCAUAUACGAGAUGGCAGAAAGAUAUAGACGUUAUGGACGAACUCAAUGCUAAUGGCUACAGAUUCUCCUUUGCGUGGUCAAGAAUCAUUCCAAAAGGGAAGGUGAGUAGGGGAGUGAAUAAAGGAGGUCUUGAAUACUACCAUAAACUCAUAGAUGGCCUCAUCGCAAAGAAGAUAACACCUUUCGUUACCCUUUUCCACUGGGACCUUCCUCAAACACUGCAAGAUGAGUAUGAAGGUUUCUUGGACCGCACGAUCAUAGAUGAUUUCAGAGAUUACGCAGAUCUAUGUUUCAAGGAAUUUGGUGGGAAGGUAAAGAACUGGAUCACAAUCAACCAGCUGUACACAGUGCCUACGAGAGGCUAUGCAAUCGGAACAGAUGCACCAGGUCGAUGUUCUCCUGCGGUUGAUGAGAGAUGUUACGAAGGAAACUCUUCGACAGAACCUUAUAUCGUUGCACAUAACCAGCUUCUUGCUCAUGCCGCGGUGGUGGAUCUUUACAGGACAAAAUAUAAGUUCCAAGGAGGGAAGAUCGGACCUGUGAUGAUAACUAGAUGGUUUCUUCCAUUUGAUGAGACAGAUAAGGCCAGCAUAGAUGCAACUGAGAGGAUGAAAGAAUUCUUCUUUGGAUGGUUCAUGGAGCCUCUAACAAAAGGUAGAUAUCCAGACAUAAUGAGGCAAAUUGUGGGAAGUCGACUUCCCAACUUCACGGAAGCAGAAGCCAAACUCGUAAAGGGUUCAUAUGAUUUUCUUGGUCUCAACUAUUACGUCACUCAAUACGCUCAGCCAAGUAAUAACAUAGUUCCUCCGGAAAAACACACUGCUAUGAUGGAUUCAGGCACAACGCUCACAUAUAAAAAUGCACGUGGUGAACUAAUUGGUCCACUGUUCUCUAAGGAAGAAGACGAAACCAAAAACAGCUAUUACUACCCAAAAGGCAUUUAUUACGUAAUGGACCACUUCAAAACCAGAUACGGUGACCCUUUAAUCUAUGUCACCGAGAACGGAAUUAGUACCCCCGGUGAAGAAACCCGUGAGGAGGCUGUUGCCGAUUCAAAGCGGAUUGAUUAUCUUUGCAGCCAUCUAUGUUUUCUCCGUAAGGUCAUCAAGGAGAAGCGUGUCAACGUGAAAGGAUACUUUGCAUGGUCUCUUGGAGAUAAUUAUGAAUUUUGCAAAGGUUUUACCGUCAGAUUCGGACUCAGUUAUGUUAAUUGGGGAGACCUUGAUGAUAGAAACCUCAAAGAUUCUGGCAAAUGGUUCCAGAAGUUCAUUAACGUUAAUUCUCCUGCCCAAGAAGACUUCCUCCGCUCAAGUAUCUCAUCUCAGAAUAAGAAGCUCGCAGAUGCAUGA